AUGUCUGCUGUUGACUGUCAUGAAAGUCUCGGCACCUUUUCUGUAUCGUGGUGGCCAGAACUGACCCACUCUUCCACAACGACCGCUGGUGAGAAAGAGACCCCGUGGACCGAAACGGACAAGAUCCGCGUGUGUGUGCGAAAACGGCCCCUUGGUCUGCGAGAAGAGAGGCGUGGAGAAGUGAACAUCCUCACGGUGGAAGACAAGGAGACGCUUCUGCUCCACGAGAAGAAAGAGGCAGUUGACCUCACACAGUACAUCUUGCAGCAUGUGUUUUACUUCGACGAAGUCUUUGGGGAGACCUGUUCCAAUCAAGAUGUGUACCUGAAGACGGCCCAUCCUCUGAUUCAACAUGUGUUUAAUGGAGGCAAUGCCACCUGCUUUGCAUACGGACAAACAGGGGCAGGGAAAACAUACACCAUGUUUGGUACUCAUAAAACCCCCGGCCUCUACGCCUUGGCUGCUAAGGAGAUCUUCAAGCAACUGGAAACAACUCAGGCUAGGAAAGAUCUCCAUGUCUGGAUCAGCUUUUAUGAGAUCUACUGUGGGCAGCUUUACGAUCUGCUAAAUGGAAGAAAGAGGCUGUUUGCAAGGGAAGAUAGUAAACAUGUUGUACAAAUAGUUGGGCUGCGCGAAGUCCACGUGAACACAGUCAACUUGCUCCUGGAGGUUAUUCUGAAAGGAGGGAAGGAGCGCAGCACAGGAGCGACUGGCGUCAACUCUGAUUCUUCCCGGUCCCAUGCCAUCAUCCAGAUUCAGAUGAAAGACCCCACACACCGAGUCUUUGGGAGAAUCUCGUUUAUUGACCUGGCUGGCAGCGAGAGGGCGGCUGAUGCCAAAGACUCGGACCGGCAGACAAAAAUGGAAGGAGCAGAAAUCAAUCAGAGUCUUCUAGCACUGAAAGAAUGCAUCCGUGCGCUCGAUCAGGAACACGCUCACACUCCCUUCAGACAAAGCAAACUGACCCAGGUCCUGAAGGACUCUUUUGUUGGCAAUUCCAAGACGUGCAUGAUUGCCAACGUGUCACCCAGCCACGUGGCCACAGAGCACACCUUGAAUACCUUGCGCUAUGCCGACAGGGUAAAAGAGCUGAAGAGAGGGAUGAAAUCUUGCACCCCUAUUGCCAGCAGACCCCGAGCAGCAGGACACACGUCUCCUAAGCGUAUCCAGAAUUCUCCUUACGUCCAAGUUGGAGGGAAAAGCUCUCCCAAAAAAGUCAAGCUGGGGAUGCAUCACCCUCUGAUGCCGACACCCUUGUCCAAGACGAAGACCCCUUUGCUGUUUCAGCCAGCUCACCACCUUCCUUUCUCCUCCACUCCGAAGGGACAGGGGCGCAAAGAACCUCUGGGAGCUCCGUGGCCCAGUUGCGCCGGCGCAGAAAGAGGGAUCCCGAAGGCGGAGGCGUCAUCCAAGUUGCUGGCGGAGGAACCCGCGGUAAUGUCUGAGAAAAGUCGCUUCAGGAAGGACUCGGUGGCCAGGAGAGAAGGUGGCCAGGAGGACAGGCAGAGGGGGACGUGUCCGAAAGUCGAUCCGGUGCAGAAGCAACUGGUUUCUAGGGCUGAUUUUUCCCAUCAUGGCUCAGAUCACGAGGAAGAUCCCGGGAGACCCUUUGCGGAUCAGUGCGUGGCAGCCUGGACGGGCGCUUCCUCCCAACAGAAAGACCGGGAGCAGCACCUGCGGCUUUAUCACCGGCAGUUCCAGCAGCCUCCUCUCCACCAGCAGAAAUUAAACUACCAGCCCUUGGAAAAGUUUUUAGCUCGGUACAAGUCCCAGGAGGUCCAGGUGAGGCCGGAGGCCCCUUGCCCUGACUCCGUGUCCCCUCAGGGCCGGGACGAAACCAUGCAGCUCGAGGAACUGGACGACAGCGACUUCAGCGAGGACUCUUUCUCUCCCGGCCCCGGUCGGAAGAAGGUGGAGAGGGAAGCUCGAAAGCAAAGCAGCCAGAACUCCUUUUUCCUCCAUCGGAGAGAUUUCGGGCUCCAAGAACGGGACGGAGAAGACGAGCAGGAGCUGUUUUGUCAAUGGUACGCGUUUGAGACGGGAAGAAGAGCGCUACCAAGCGAGGAAGAGUCCAGUAGCUACGAGGAAGGCGGUAGAAGUUUGUGCGAUUGGAGCUCGGGAGAAAUAUUGGCAGUGGGUUCCUCACCGCACAGGGGUGUCCCGGAGAAACCUUAUUGCUCGAAGGAAGGUGAGAAGAUAAAUCCUCAAGAAUCGCCCGUGGAGCAGAAGCCGCUGAGAUGCUCGGAUCCGUCUCCCGGUUGCCCCGAUGGACACUUCUCCCCGCCAAGGAAGAGAACACAAAGCCCGCCUCUCGCUGCCAUCUUGCCAUCUUUCCUCCCCAAAGGAACAGGCUUUCGCGGAGCUUUAGACUUUCCUAUGGGCCCGGCUGAUGACGCGAUGACACCUCUGUCCGCAUCCUUCCUGAACUUGGGACCAGCAGAAGAGAGCAAGGGGAAGAAGAGGACUGACGAAGAGGACGUCUUUGGGCCCAGCAGGUGCUGGGAGGAAGACGCCGGGCACGCCGCCCCUGCGUCCAGCGUCUACGAAAUAAAUUGCUGGGGUAGAAAAACCGAGCCGGGUCUUUCUCCGGGGGCCAAAUGCCAGUGGCUUCCUCAGUCUUGUGGCUGUCCGGGGGAAGCUGCCAUCUUGGAAGCCACAUCGGCUUUUGGUGAAUGUAUCUGUGGCUACACUGGUGAAAGUCCUGUGGCCGAACUCCUUCCUCGGCACACGGAGGAAAGGGCCUCGCUUGGCGGAGACCUACAAACAAGCGAAUAUUCAACCCUCCGCGACUCCGAUCUCGAAGUGGCAAAGAUUGCCGUUUCGUGGAGCUAUUCAGACCAUCUGGGUUUGGGGGGGAAAGAGACCCCUGAGCCUUUGGCUCCGGUUAGUCCUGUCGAUAGGGGAGGAAUACCUUCCACUCCAAAUGCUUUACCCAGUUCUGAGAAUGCAGGGAAGGAGCAGCUCUCAGAACGAAGCCCCCCGUCACGCUCGGAUUUUCCCCCCUGGACAAUGGAGCUGCGGCGUUUGGAAGAAGCCCGCAGGAAGGAAGAAGCCCAGGAUACGCACAACUGUGAGGACGCAGAGCAGGACUCGAGGGCUGAAUCCAAGGGGACGGUGGCUGAAACCGCAAAGAACUUGCGGAAGGCUUGCGGGCCGAUGGAGUUGGCUGAAGGUGGCCUGAAGGAGAAGGACGUGCUGGGAAGGCAGCUGGUUCUUCAAACCCAUCAGGAGCAGCUGGACAAAAUGGCCGCCCUGUCUUCUCGGGAGGAAAACUUGAUGGGCAUGAUGUCAGAUUUGGUAGUAGAAGAUUCUCCCGACAUGCUUUCAGGCCCUGGCUCUGCAGUUUCAAAGAUCAGCAGUAAAGAGUAUUGA